AUGGCCCUCGCGCCCUUGCAGCCCUCGCGCCCUCCCGCCCUUGCAGCCCUCGCGCCCUCCCGCCCUUGCAGCCCUCGCGCCCUCCCGCCCUUGCGCCCUCGCCCCUCCCCCCUUGCACCCUCCCGGCAGCCUCCCGCCCUUGCAGCCCUCGCGCCCUUGCAGCUCCUGCGCCCUCCCGCCCUUGCAGCCCUCGCGCCCUUGCACGCGCCUUGCAGCCCUCCCGCCCUGCUCUUGCAGCCCUCGCGCCCCUCCCGCCCUUGCAGCCUCAGCCCUCGCGCCCUCCGCCCUCCCAGCCCCUUGCAGCCCUUCGCGCCCUUCCUCGCGCCCUUGCAGUGCAGCCCUCGCGCCCUUGCAGCCCUGCGCGCCCUCCUGCCCUUGCAGCCCUCGCGCCCUCCCGCCCUU